AUGUCGACCAAGCCAACAAUCAUUUUAGUUCCAGGCGCCUGGCACAGCGAAACUGUAUAUGACCAAGUCGUCUCCCUCCUCUCCGAACAAGGCUACAAAUCCAUCGCUGUAGCACUCAAAUCAACAUCUGGAGACAGCUCCACGACCCCCAAAGACGAUAUCGAUGGAGUCCGAGACGCCAUUCUCGGAGAGACAAACCAGGGAAGAGACGUCGUAGUGACCGUACAUUCAUUUGGUGGCAUUGUUGGAGCUAGCGCCAUCAAAGGGCUCACGGCCAAGCAAGAUAAUUCUAGUGGUCGAGUCGUCGGACUCAUCAUGCUGGCUUCUGGGUUUGCGCAAACGGGAAAGACCUUUAUGAGCGGUUUGGACAAUAAACCACCGCCAUUCUGGGUAGCGGAUACAACGACUGGAUUUGCAACUCUGGUUGUAGAUCCUCUGCCACUGUUCUAUCAUGAUCUCUCAGCUGAGGAGGGUGCAUUCUGGGUGAAAAAGCUUUUGAAGCAAUCUCUGAAGCCUAUGUUCGAAGGAGGAGAAUACGUGUAUGCUGGAUGGAAAGAUGUGCCUGUGGUCGCCGUCAUCUCAACGGACGACAGAUCGUUCCCGGUAGAUGCCCAAAAAUUCUUUGCGCAAAGUGCGAAGGAUGCUGGUGGGGAUGUGACUAUUAAAGAGCUAUUUUCCAGUCAUUCGCUAAUGUUGUCCAAACCAAAGGAGGUUGUCGAAAUCAUGACUGAGGCCGUAAGCAUGUUUUUGGAGAAGACAUUGAGCGCCUAG